CAAGGCCUCGGGGCCCACGUGCCCAGGCCAGUGCGCGCUGAGUGGGUUUUAUUCCCUGUGGGUGAGCCCCUCCUCAGCCGCUGCCACACGGGGGUCACCUCAGCCCGGACCCCCCUUCUGCCUGUCCCGUGCACCCACCGCACGGGCUUGAGAGCCAUCCCCCCACCCCGCCUGGGCCGGCUCUGGAGGGUGUGGGACCUCCCCUCUCCCCUCUCCGCCCGUCACCCCCCGGGGCAUCGGCGCUGGAGCGAGGCCCCUCCGGGAAGGAGCGCGGUGGAAGUAAAAGGAGCGGACUGGUGUGUUGCAGACUAGAGGGGAGCUGGGUGCAGACGUGGGCACCCCACUCAAGUGGGGCGCGCCGUGGAGGGCGCUGUGGGCUCAGUCUGCUCCCAGGACAGAAGACGGAAGGGCCUUGCCGCCUGCCCGCCUGGGGUGACUUCGGGGCGGCACCCGGCCCCUGCAGGCCGUCCUUGCUGCGUCCCCCUCACUCACACCUGGCUCUCGGCGGCUUGGCCCUGCCCAGGGCCUGCUUCCUCCACAGGUCUGGCCAGCCCGGGCCUGCCCCGUGGCCACGGGGCCUCGGCGCCUCUCUGCCUCCCUGGGGCCCCUGGUGGGCUUGUCCACGGGAGGGCUGGCCAGGCUGCAGGCGGGCAGUGGCUGGCGCUGCUCUCCGAUGCCGCCAUGACGUGUUGGUUUGUGGGGGCACUGGCCGCACAGCCCCUUACUCAGGGCUGCACCCUAGUUUGCUCGUCUUGCCCAAGGCGGAGCCCUCAGGCCACCCAGCUGCAGACCUGGCAGUUCGUGGCCAGCGUCUAAGCAGAUAGCCGGGAAGCUUUUCAAGGGACUAGCGCGAGGCGUCCGCCCCCGGAGCCCGCUGGGUAGGUGGGGUGGUGACCUGUCAUCUUUCGGACGGAGCUUAGGGGUCUGGAACAGAAACCUGCAGCAGCAGUAAGGCGGGUCCUGAGCCACUGCACACACGAACAUGAGGUUCGGAAGAUGGAAGACGCGGCCCUUUGCCUCCGGGUUCCACCUGCGUGGCCAGACCCUGGCUCCGCUCCCCCUUGGGGGCUCUGGCCGCCUGUGCCCUGGAGGUGGGGCCUGGGCUGGACGGCCUCCCCACGCCCUGCGGGAGUCCGGCCCGGCCGUGGGGUCUCGCAGGCCUCUGACUGUUGAAUUCUCUCCUAGGGACCUGCGGCCUCGGCACCGGCCCCUCAGUGGGUGGUGCCUUGUCGGGGUGAGCGGCCGUCUGACUUCGGCGGGGCCCCAUGGAGCCCCAGGGUGAGAAGCCCGGCGAGGCCGACGGGGUGCUGCUCACGCCCCAGCUGCUCAAAGCGCACUCGGGCGAGUUCGCCCUGGAGUCCAUCCUGCAGCUCCGGCUGCGCGGCCUCAGGCUGGUGGGCCUGGGCUGCCUGGGGGAGUGCCUGGGCCUCGAGCGGCUGGACCUGUCGGGCAACGCGCUCACCCAGCUGGGCCCGCUGGCCUUGCUGCGCCAGCUGGCCGUGCUCAACGUGGCGGACAACCGGCUGACGGGGCUGGAGCCGCUGGCCGCCUGCGAAAGUCUGCAGAGCCUCAACGUGGCGGGCAACCUGCUGGCCAGCCCGGGCCAGCUGCAGUGCCUGGCCGGCCUGCGGGGGCUCACGGCCCUCCAGCGUCUACGCUAG